AGUCCAGAGUGGGGGACAGCCAAAGAGGCAGGACCCUCUAGCCCUGGCCCCUGUCUAAAAUGUGGCCCCCAGGGAGCUCUAGCUGGUGCCAACAGCCCAGGACCAGACUCCCCCGAGUUUGCGGCAGCUGGUCUCCAGGGGAUGGCACCACCAGCGCCAAGGACAGCAAACACCCUGCACAGGGCCCGUCGCUCAGCAGGACCAGGAACCCAGACUGGAGCUGCUUCUGAAUCUGCUCUUUUUUGGAAACAGCAGGCUUUCCUUGGGGCACAGGCUGUCGCUCGCCUGGAAAACGAGUGGGUGUGAGCUUCGGGGCGGGGGUCAGACUGUGUGUGGGAACCAGUGAGCUCCUCCAAGAGCAGCACUUAUUUUUAGUCUUCUCCCCAGUCCCAAAUAAACUGAGAGCAGCUGGGAGCCCUGGGUAAAUGCAGAGUGAAGCCGAGACAGGAAAUCGGGGCUCUCAGUAAUGAGUUCCAGCCACUCCAGAAGGGGGAAGCCAGACAAGGAAUUUUCUUCAGGACUGUUUCCCUCUGGCAGGCUCUGGUAUUAUCACUGAGAACAGUCCCGUGUGUGUGUGCGCGUGUGUGUUGUGUUUACAACUCCUGUCCAAGUCUUUCUUUUUCCCCCACCUUUGUGCUAGGUUUGAUUUCUCUGCAGGGCUCUGAAUCCCAGUCCUGGUGCGUGUGUGCACGCGUGUGUGUGUGUGUGUGUGUGUGUGUAUCUGUGGGGGCGGUUGGGGAGGACACUGGAGCAGCACGGUCUGCUCUGAGUCGCUGUGUGUCUGAAACUGUCCAGGGAGAGGCUGAAGGACGCAGGCCAGGGAAGUGGGGAAAUUUGAACACAGCUUGGAGCUCUUGAGGGGGGAGGGGGCAGAGGCAAGGAAGAGGAGAGAACCUGGUCUCCAGCCAGAAAAAGGGCUUUUUCAACCAAGGCAUCUAACUGCUGACAUGGGUGCCCAGCAUGGAUGGGGACAUUGAUGUUUACAAGCAUUUCUCGUGGCUGAAGAGGACCCAGGUAAACCACCACAGUACUGCUAGUAAUGAAACCUACCAGGAGCGCUUGGCACGGCUAGAAGGAGAUAAGGAGUCCCUCAUCUUGCAGGUGAGUGUCCUCACAGACCAAGUGGAAGCCCAGGGAGAGAAGAUUCGAGACCUGGAAGUGUGUCUGGAAGGACACCAGGUGAAACUCAAUGCUGCUGAAGAGAUGCUUCAACAGGAGCUGCUAAGCCGCACAUCUCUUGAGACCCAAAAGCUUGAUCUGAUGACUGAAGUGUCUGAGCUGAAGCUCAAGCUGGUUGGCAUGGAGAAGGAGCAGAGAGAGCAGGAGGAGAAGCAGAGGAAAGCAGAGGAGUUACUACAAGAGCUCAGGCACCUCAAAAUCAAAGUGGAAGAGUUAGAAAAUGAACGGAAUCAGUACGAAUGGAAGCUAAAGGCCACUAAGGCUGAGGUAGCCCAGCUGCAAGAACAGGUGGCCCUGAAAGAUGCAGAAAUUGAGCGUCUGCACAGCCAGCUCUCCCGGACAGCAGCUCUCCAUGGUGACCACACAGAUAGAGACCAAGAAAUUCAACGUCUGAAAAUGGGGAUGGAAACUUUGCUGCUUGCCAAUGAAGAUAAGGACCGUCGGAUAGAGGAGCUUACGGGGCUGUUAAACCAGUAUCGGAAAGUAAAGGAGAUUGUGAUGGUCACUCAAGGGCCUUCAGAGAGAACUCCCUCAAUCAAUGAAGAGGAACCAGAGGGAGGUUUCAGAAAGUGGAACACUACAAAUAAGGGCCCUGAAGAAUUAUUUAAACAAGAGAUGCCUCUGGGAUGUAGCUCUCCUACAGUGGGGCCACCUCCAUUGCCACAGAAAUCACUGGAAACCAGGGCUCAGAAAAAGCUCUCUUGUAGUCUAGAAGACUUGAGAAGUGGAUCUGUGAAUAAGUGUAUGGACGGGAACCAGCUCUUCCCGGUGGUAGAGCCCAAGGACAGCCCUUUCUUGGCGGAGCACAAAUACCCGACUUUACCUGGGAAGCUUUCAGGAGCUACGCCCAAUGGAGAAGCUGCCAAAUCUCCUGCCACCACUGCCUGCCAGCCUGACGCCACGGGGAGCAGCCUGCUGAGACUGAACCGUGGCCGGAGUGUCAGUGCCCCCGUAUUAGGAGACACAGAAAGUGGCUGGGAUGACACUGCUGUGGUCAAUGACCUCUCAUCCACAUCAUCGGGCACUGAAUCAGGUCCCCAGUCUCCUCUGACACCAGAUGGUAAACGGAGUCCCAAAGGCAUUAAGAAGUUCUGGGGAAAAAUCCGAAGAACUCAGUCAGGAAAUUUCAACACAGACACGCUGGGGAUGGCAGAGUUUCGACGAGGUGGGCUCCGGGCAACCGCAGGGCCAAGACUCUCUAGGACCAGAGAUUCCAAGGGACAGAAAAGUGACACCAACGCCCCCUUUGCCCAGUGGAGCACAGAGCGUGUAUGUGCGUGGCUGGAGGACUUUGGCCUGGCUCAAUAUGUGAUCUUCGCCAGGCAGUGGGUGUCUUCCGGCCACACUUUACUGACAGCCACCCCUCAGGACAUGGAAAAGGAGCUAGGAAUUAAGCACCCUCUCCACAGGAAGAAACUUGUCUUAGCAGUGAAAGCCAUCAACACCAAGCAGGAGGAGAAGUCUGCACUGCUAGACCACAUUUGGGUGACACGGUGGCUUGAUGAUAUUGGCUUACCCCAGUACAAAGACCAGUUUCAUGAAUCUCGAGUUGACGGGCGAAUGCUGCAAUACCUGACUGUGAAUGAUUUACUCUUCUUAAAAGUUACCAGCCAACUACAUCAUCUCAGCAUCAAAUGUGCCAUUCAUGUGCUGCAUGUCAACAAGUUCAACCCCCACUGCCUGCACCGGCGGCCAGCUGAUGAGAGUAACCUUUCUCCUUCAGAAGUUGUACAGUGGUCCAACCACAGGGUGAUGGAAUGGUUGCGAUCUGUGGACCUGGCAGAGUACGCACCCAAUCUUCGAGGGAGUGGAGUCCAUGGAGGCCUCAUUAUCUUGGAGCCACGCUUCACGGGGGACACCCUGGCUAUGCUUCUCAAUAUCCCCCCACAAAAGACGCUCCUCAGGCGCCACCUGACCACCAAGUUCAAUGCCUUGAUUGGUCCAGAGGCUGAACAGGAAAAGCGAGAGAAAAUGUCCUCACCUGCUUACACACCACUGACCACCACAGCCAAAGUCCGGCCUAGGAAACUAGGAUUUUCACACUUUGGAAACAUAAGAAAAAAGAAGUUCGAUGAAUCGACAGACUACAUUUGCCCAAUGGAGCCUAAUGACGGUGUCAGUGACAGUCACAGGGUCUACAGUGGCUACCGGGGCCUCAGCCCCCUUGAUUCCCCUGAACUGGAUGGGCUGGACCAGAUGGCACCUUCGGAAGGUACCGUGACGCAGAUAGGGCUCCUCUCCCAAGACAUUCACCGCCUUACGACAAUGCUGAGCCAGGACCAGCUGCUGAAUGACUCUCAUCUGCCUGUCCCCAACUCUGAUGACUGGAGAUGACUCUCUUCAUGGCUGAAAGCCCAGGGAGGCACGUGUGGGGGCCCAGAGCCUUUGCUUCUGUGGGGAGCUGGCAGCCCCCUCUGCAAGCCCGGUCGGACUGGCAGGGCAUCUUGGACAGGGUGCCGACAGGCACGAAGCAGAGCUGUGGGACAGGUGUCCAGGGGUGGCCCCAGAGUUCAUGUGUGUCUUCAACCGGGCUGCGCUCUUCACCACAGGCUUUAUACCUUUUGUACUUUUAUACCCGGACUGCAGACCAUUUUGUGGGAGGGCAGUGAGUUGUCAGCACACAGACUGGAUGCCUCGUGCUAUUUCUGGUGACAGCCUGGAGGCUCUCACACCUGAGGGGAAGAGCUGUUAGUUCAUAAAACCUGCUGGAAAAAAAGUUCUGAAAACCUGUUUUGAAUGUUCUGUAGUGACUGCGUUUUGUGACAUGAUCACCAGGAACUCCCUCCGGGGCUGCUUCACAGGAACGUGCCUUUCCAUUCACGGGACUGUGGCGGAACAAGGCGGGUGUUUAGGGUGUGAGUGGGAAAAACAUGAGGCACCUUUCCACAGUCCUGCCUGACUCCAUCGCCCCUCAUCUGCAAUGGGUAUCAGUGCACCCUCCUAGCGUCUCAGCAGAGGCAAGCCCAACACCACGCUGUGCCCUCUCCACCCAAGCAGACACACAGCCUCCCAGGCCUUGCCCUCCAAGCAGCUCAAGCAUAAUGUCUGAUUAAACAGCACCCCCUAGUGGAAGGCCCUCGGGCACCUCAAGCUCCAGGUUUCCACCACAAACUCACCAACUUCCCAAACAUGUCUGUUUCCUCUCCAGACACUCUAGUCUUUCCUCCCUCCAGGUGUCUACUCAGGCCCUUCCCUCACUGGGGAAUGCAUUUUUCUCCUACUCCACUUCAUCAGGCAAAAUCCUGUCUCUCAAGGCUUGGCAAAGAGACCACCUCUCAGGAAGCCUUCCCACAUGAUCCAGUUAGAGGUCAGCUCUCCCACGUGUCUGCCCUUGAGCCAGAGCACAGCUUGCCUUGAAGUCCCUUGUUGUCUUGCUAUACCCAAUCCUUACCACAAACCUGGAGCACUUGCUCUGGGCUGCCUCCUUUAUAGACAGGCCUCCAGUUGCCAAGGAGAUCCAUGCUCUUAAGUUUCCCAUCCACACUCCUUCAUGUGUGUGGUAUGUACCCUCCAUGCUGGGGCCAGAUAUAGGCAUGAAUGCCAAGGUCCCUGCCUAAAGAUGCUUACAGUCUAGUGGGGUAGUACAGACCAGUUUCAAACAAGACUGUGCCAAAGGUUAUGGAUGCUCCAAUAUUAGUUUCUUUGCAGCCUAAAGGAGCAUGUUGUCAUUUUUAAUGGGGGUUUGGGGAAGGAGUAGAAUAGGUUCCAUGGAAGAGGUGACACUUGAAU